AUGCCAAUUGAUCUUACGGAAUUCACCGAUGAUACUAAUAAUGAAAAAGAUUCAAUAUGUGAAAUUAUGGAAUCAAUUACGACAAUCGAUGAACAGAAGAUAGGAUAUUGUAGAUAUGGUCGAGGAGAGCAUAAUAUGUUAUUUAUUUGUGGUGGUGUUGGUUGUUAUAAGAAGGACUUUCCGGAAAAAGUAUUAAAUGCUUUUAAUCCGAAGUUUUGUUCUAUAGUUUGUAUUGAUCCACCUGGCUACGGUACCAGUCGUCCACCAAACAGGCGACAAGAAGUGAAUCGAUGCAUGAAAGAUGCACCUUUCUGUAUUAAACUUAUGCAGCAAUUAAAUUUAACACCUUUCACAGUAUUGGGUUGGAGUGAAGGUUGUCGCACAGCAAUUCACGUAGCUGCACGUGGUAAACAACUUGUUAACAAUAUGAUAUUACUUUCUGCAGCUACACGUAUUGAUUCACGUGCUGCACGUGUCACUUAUGGUAUGCGUAAUACAGAUCAAUGGUUACCGGAUACUAUGAAAGCAUUUUUGCCUUAUUAUCCGGAAGAAUUCGUAAAAAAACAAUGGACAGAUUUAUGUAAUGUAAUUCAACAAGUUUAUGAUUUACUUGGUGGACGUUUUCCAUCAGAUUACAUUCUACCAAGUUUAAAAAUUCCUGUACUUGUUCUAAAUGGUGGCAUGGAUAGAUUUUGUAACGAUCCGAAAUAUUUUGCAACCGUUAUUCCCAAUUGCAAACUUGAUGGUCAUUUUCUUGGUGGUCAUGAUUUUCACAUUAAAUAUCCACGAUGGUUCGCAGAUCAUGUUUCAACAUUCCUUAAGGAAUCCGGAAAUCAUUGUCCGACCAAUUAA